UUGCCCCCAACUGAUACGAUGCCCACGACCUUCGUCCUCGCGCCCGAGCACGGCUACGUCAUCCUCGUCGUCAUCCUCACCGGCUUUGUCAACGCGUGGGCCGGCAUGAAGGUCGGCGGUGCGCGCAAGCGCUACAACAUCAAGUAUCCGCAGAUGUACGCUGAAGUCUCCGACAAGAACUUUAACGCGUUCAACUGCGUCCAGCGUGCGCACCAGAACGUGCUCGAGAACCUCCCCGUCUUCUUUGCGCUCCUGAUCACGUCCAGCAUCUACCGCCCGGGCUACGCCGCGAUCGCGGGUCUCGUCCGCGUCCUCGGCUUCAUCGUGUACGUCCAGGGCUACGCGACGGGCGACCCGGCCAAGCGCAUGCACGGCGGCUUUGGCUACCUCGGUCUCUUUGCGUCGCUCGGCCUUAGCAUCGAGGCCGCGAUCACGCUGCUCUAUUCGGCGUAAAUUUACGGGAACAAUGCGCGGUUCCUUGCAUUUUAUCGUAUUUUUUACAUUUAUUGCAUGCGUCACAGAAAAUGCUCAAGAAUAGCCCGACGACGUGUCGAGAGGGCGACGUGCCUUGGCGCUGCGGGUGACUUCGAGGAGCAGCAUCGGGCGUGGAUGAACGUCAUGCAGCUUGCUUUCAGCAUCAUGGCCUGUGCGCGGCCGUGACCGACUAAUUAGACACUCUCGACAUCCAGAGUGUGCGCGAGGUGGUUCUCGCAGAGGCGCGAGAGUUCCUACAGCG